AGGAAGUGGUCACAGAAAACGAACUUUGCACUGUCUCAAGUCAAAUAGCUUUUCUGUAAAAUGAUAAUUUAGCACAUGUUCUGUUUUAAACCGGCUAAGUAACUUUACGACGCUCCCUAACUAACAUUUCCAACACGACCUUUGCCCUUCGCAUGCUCGCUGCUGUAUUGUAGCAUGCAGUGGAUAAUAACAGGAGGGCUGUGCACACUCCGACAGAGUCACACUAUCAAAGACGCGCUCACACAUUUACCGAGGUUUGUGGCUCGUCGAAACAUGUCGUCGUCUCAAGCUAAACGGCCGGUUUCCUUACUGGGAACUAUGGCGUUCGGUGGACGAGCCGACGCCGAGCAGAGCCUGGAGAUGGUGAAGACUUUCCUGGGAAGGGGACACAACCUGGUGGACACAGCCUUUAUGUACGCGGAUGGGAAGUCAGAGACGGUCAUAGGGGGCAUGAACCUUCCCAAAACAGUAAGCUUAGCUACCAAGGCCAACCCCUGGGAUGGGAAGACGCUGAAGCCAGAGAGUGUGCGCUCUCAGCUGGAAACCUCCCUUCAGAGGCUGCGGACCAAUUGUGUGGACCUUUUCUACCUCCAUGCCCCUGACCACCAAAACCCCAUCCAGGAUACCCUUAGGGCCUGCAAUGAACUCCACAAAGAGGGAAAAUUCAAGGAGUUUGGCCUGUCAAACUAUGCAUCGUGGGAAGUGGCUGAAAUUGUGUGCAUCUGCAGACACAACAACUGGAUUGUUCCCACUGUGUAUCAGGGAAUGUACAAUGCCACUACAAGACAGGUUGAGACAGAGUUGCUGCCGUGUCUGAGAUACUGCGGAAUGAGAUUCUACGCAUACAAUCCCCUAGCAGGUGGCCUUCUGACAGGAAAGUACCAUUAUGAAGACAAAGAUGGUUCCCAGCCUGCAGGACGAUUCUUUGGUAACAGCUGGGCUGCAGCAUACCAGGACAGAUACUGGAAACAGAGUCAAUUCCAGGCGAUAGAUGUGGUUCUAAAGGCCAUGGAGACAGCAUACGGCUCAGAGAAACCCAGCCUGACUUCUGCUGCUAUGCGCUGGAUUUACCACCACUCCCAACUUAAGGGUGAUCUUGGAGAUGGAGUCAUCAUUGGCAUGUCAAGUAUGGAGCAACUUCAGCAAAACCUGGCUGCUGCAGAGGAGGGUCCUCUGGAUGAGAGAGUGGUCGCCGCCUUCAAUGAGGCCUGGAACCUCGUAGCCCAUGAGUGUCCAAACUACUUCCGCUAAAGAGCCAAAAUCUCCAUAACAACCAAAUAUCAGCCACAUUUAUACAGAAAAUAGAUCUCCUAAGCCCCUUUUACUUAGCUACUUCUUAUGAAUGAAUCAAUUGAAGACCAGUAUGUAUUAAUCUGUAAGAGCACUUAAUUAUUAAUGUAUAAAAGGUAAAAAGGAAAACUUAAGAUUUUUUCAGGGAAAAAGAACCUUUUAUGGAAUCUGCCUUAAUUAAGGUUGUUACAUUAAAACUAAAACUCAUUCCCAAAUCAACAAAAUGUUUUUCUUACACAUAAAAUGGGUUGGGUUAACACACCAAUGGGUAUCUGCUUAAUUGUUUUGGCUGAAAUGCAAAAUAAUUGCAUGCAAUACAAAACUCUCUCAUUAUGUUGACAAAUCUUGACAAAACAAGUGGCAUCAACACGUAAGACAUCAUUAAGUCUUUUGACUCCAGUCACCAGUGUUUACUGAACAACAAUUCAGUCAAAAGCUAAAAUUCAAGGUGAAGGACAGAAGUUCAUGUUUUGGGGAGGGAAAAAAGGACAGAGGAAAGAGAUUACACAGACUCCAGGGGCAGCACUGGCAGUCAGGAUGAAUGGUUUCAACAUCAAUGUCCCUCUGCUGUUGAAGGUUGGCAAAAACAACUUAAAAACAAUGUGUACAAGCUCCUGCUCUUGCAGAUGUUUCAUUCUGCAUCGUCAUCAUCUCCUUCUUCAUUAUCCUGCAUAGACUCUUCCUCACCAGCACAGUUCUCAAACUCGCCUGUUUCUGAGUUCCACAUACAUUUGAUCUGCACCUUGAAUUCUGCCAUCUCGAUGCCAAAGAGUUUCUAUAGACAAAAAAAAAAGUCAGUCAAAUGCAACACGGUUAACAUUUUCUGUAGUCAAACAGCGAAAAACUCACCAGAAUACGAGCCUGCUCAGGAGUUAACACGUCUCCCUCCUUACAGACUUCAUGGUCCUUCAGCAGCGUCACCACACCUUUCAUAACAGAUGAUACAAAACGUGAAUUAUGUUUCAUAUCCAACUAAUGGGGGGAAAAUUACUGACUGAUAAGGCUGUACAAGUACUGUCGGUGUAGCCACUAGCCAGAGCCUGAUCAAGCUUAUUCCUCUGUGCCAUAGAUCUUCGUUGUUGUCCAAAAACACAUCAGUGAGCCACACCAUAGCACUGGCAGACAUGUUCCUUCAUUACGAUGUACAUGGGCACUGUAGUUUGUUUUGAGUAAAUCCCACAUACCCCGUCCCGAUGCUGUAAAUACUCACUAAAGCACCAAAUGUGUAUUAAUUUUUACUCCUGUUUGAGUAUUUGUUGCUAAAACCUACAUUGCUCAGCUGUAUUAAAAAUAGCCUUUUUUUUUUUUUUUUAAACAAAACUUUACAUUUGUGAUUUGAUUUUAAAAAUUUGGAGCUGACAGGGUAGGGAAAUCCAAAAGGUUGAUUUUGGUCUUUGCGUGGGAUUUGUGGACAAAAGAAAAAAAUAUAUAGAAUAACGCCAGCUUUAUUCUGUAAUCUUACCUUUCUUGAGAGCAGUGGGAAGUCCUAAUUGCCUCAACUGGGGCUCCAUUGAGUGAGGAAACUGUUCCAGGGGUCCCUCAUCCAGAGUUAAGUCCAUCUGUGCCUGGUUGCCUGCCCGUGCGUAAUCCAUCUCUUUGAAAUGAUUGAAAUACCUGUGGAUAGAGAACACCAUUUUGUCAAAUAAUGAACAAUAUCUGGAGAAUCACUGCAACAAUGGUGCAUUAAAUGAAGCCUUACUUACUCUUGUA